AUGCCAUUCCUUCUCUUUUCCAGUCGCAUCCAGGUGCAGCUCGGGAAACACAACCUGGCGCUCACCGAGUCGACACAGCAGUUGAUCAGUUCAGCUAAAGUCAUCCGCCACCCUGGCUACAGCGCCGCAACGCUGGACAAUGACAUUAUGCUCAUCAAGCUUGCCCAACCAGCCCAGCUCAACCGAGCUGUCCAAACAAUUCCUCUGCCUACCAGCUGUGUGGCGACAGGCACCACGUGCCUCGUCUCCGGCUGGGGCAACACCCUCAGCAAUGCCAAUCUGUACCCAGACACUUUGCAGUGCUUGGAAGCUCCUGUACUCUCCUCAAGCGAGUGCUCCAAAUCCUACCCUGGGCGAAUUACCACUAACAUGAUAUGUGUAGGAUUCUUGGAGGGAGGGAAAGACUCCUGCCAGGGGGAUUCCGGCGGUCCAGUGGUCUGCAAUGGGCAGCUCCAGGGCAUUGUUUCCUGGGGCAUUGGAUGUGCACAGAAGGGAUAUCCUGGGGUUUACACUAAGGUUUGCAAUUAUGUCUCCUGGAUCCAAGCAACUAUAUCUGCCAACUGA